AUGGCCGUCACCAACCACACCCAAGCCAUCGACCCUGGUGCCAUUCGCCGGCUGGAUGGACUCACUGAUACAGACACUGAGGAUAUUCUCGACGACAUCUACGCCCGCAUCCAUGUCGAUGUCGAUGGAUUCCUGGACAAGUACUUCCUGAGCCCCUCGUCAGCAUCAGCCCCUCCUCCCACCGCCAACGCAUUUCUGGAAUGGCUGGCCACACACCUCGCCGACGACGCCAAUGGCGGCAGGUGGAAGCUGUCUCUAGCCCCCAAGGCCACUGCCGCCAAUGCUGCCGGUGCAGAUCUUGUAUUGCUGCGCCCAACGGAACCCGACGCCGCCGCGCAGCCGCAAUGGGCUCGGGUGGGCGUCAUUGGCCAGUUCAGCCGGGACAGUGGCCCUGCAGAGUACGAGGAGGGAUUCCUGCGCUUCUGCAACCAGGCCCGCGACGUCUUCGCCCACCAGCCCACGCGGUUCUUCAUCCAUGGAUUCUACAUCUGCGGCCAGACGAUGGAACUGUGGGUCUUUGAUCGAUCUGGCAUGUACAGCAGCUCGGCUAUCGACAUCCAAUCUGAGUUUAACCAGUUCCUGUCCGUCAUCGACCAUUACGCCCUGCUGGACGACGAGGAGCUGGGCAUCGCCCAGGUCCUCCAAGCGGACAAGAUUGGUCAGUUUGUCGAGACCCAUGGAAGCCACGCGGAAGGACUGGAGAGGCUGUAUCUGGAGCACAAGCCGAUUGCCAGGUCGGAAAAUCUCUUCGGCCCCGGCACGACGGCAUAUCGGGCAAAGCUCCCCAAGUCGGAUCGAUGGAGUCACGUUGUCAAGUUCAAGUGGCGGACCAAGAACGAUGGCAAGGAGGAGGAUAUCCUGCAGGUGAUCAAGGAGAAGAAUGUCUGGGGUGUGACGUCAAUCGACUACUACGAAUACAUUACGCGGACGUCGUACCUGCGCGGAGGCCUGCAGUAUUCUUCGUACCGGAGAUUUGUUCCUGACCUGGGGAAGAAGGAGGAACUGCUCAAGACGUGGGACUCGUCCGAGCAGGAUAUUUACGACUACACCGAGGAGUCCGGGAAGCCUUUUGAGGAUCUCAUCCUCACUUGCGUCGUCACAUCCCCCGUCGCAAGGAGUUUACGCUCGUUCAGGAGUCGGACAGAGCUACUCGAAGCCCUACGAGAUGCCAUCAAAGCCCAUAGGUCGUUAUUAACGGAUGCUCGGAUCAUUCACCAGGACAUUUCCACGGGAAAUAUCCUCAUCACAGAUGCACCGAGAGAUGACGAACCGAGAGGGAUACUCAUCGAUCUCGAUGUAGCAGUACAGCUCGAUUCGGGACGAAGCAACGCGAGGGAGAUCACGGGCACGCCGCCGUUCAUGGCGAUUGACGUGUUGAAGGGUAGACGGCACUCAUACAGACACGAUUUGGAAUCAUUCUUCUACGUCUUUGUGUGGCUUCUAAUUUCAAAUGGAGAUGACGAUCCUCCCGAUUCCAGCAGGCUACAGAAAUGGGUUGGAGAGUCAUUUGACGACCUGGCGGAGCAGAAGCUGAAGGACAUGAGGGAGGAGGACUUUGCCGGCAUCAUCGCAGAGUUCCCACCCGAGUUUGAGUCACUAAGAGGGUCGGCUGAGGAGAUACGGCAGAUCCUGUUCACAUCUAGGGAUGGGUCCUCCUUGUGGACCGGCACGGAUAGUAGUUCUGAAGCGAUGCAGGACAUGUACAGGAGAAUCAUUGAUGUUUUUGAUAGAGCGAUUGCGUCCAAAUAG